CUACCGGACACACUGGAGCUGUUCACGUACCUCAACGGCCCGGAGCCCGUGGCCCGGUUCCAGAGACGAUGCGGACUUUUCCUCGUGGAAGCCGCGCAUUACAGCCGAGCGAGCACGCGCACCCCCGCGGACCACAGCGACAAACCUGCACGUGGGCGACUUCAGGAAAGAAGACACAACCACAGCCAUCAGCAGCAGCAGCAGCAGGAGCAGCAGCAGGAGCAGGACAACAAUUCAAACUACAGAGACAAGGACAGAGGAUGUGUCGAUGGUGGCUGCAGCAGACCUCAGUACGAGGUGAGGAACCGGCUGCUGCACGUUCUCUUCCUCUUGUCGUCAGGCCUGGGUCAUGAAAUCUUCUACAUCACCUUUCUGCCCUGCAUUCACUGGAACCUGGACCCGUUCCUGUGCCGACGCCUCGUCAGCAUCUGGACUAUCGUGAUGUAUAUCGGCCAGGUAACGAAGGACAUGCUGAAGCUGCCCCGCCCUCUGUCUCCCCCUGUGGUGAAGCUGGAGACGCGCGUUGACGCAGAGUACGGCCUUCCCUCGACACACGCCAUGGGUGCCACUGCCAUUUUCUUCACCUUUUUACUCAGCGCUCCAUCCAGGAUACAGUUUCAGUUCGAGGUGGGUCUGCUGAUGGCGGCGACACUGUCAUCGUUGGUGUGUCUGAGCCGGAUCUACACUGGCAUGCACUCAGUGUUGGACGUGAUCUGUGGCGCGUUAAUCUCGGGUGUCCUCAUGCUCCUCACGUAUCCUUACUGGGAAACCUUUGACCGCUUUCAGCUCACCAGCAACAUUUCCCCCGUGGUGGCGUUGGUACUGCCCCUCUUCCUCAGCUACACAUACCCAGAGCUGGACCACUACAGCACCACACGGGGAGACACUACCACCAUUCUAGGUGCAGGAGCCGGAUGUUUUGUGGGUUACUGGGUGAAUGAGCAGCUGGGACAAACGUUUGAGCCUCAGGGGAACCUGUUACCUGUUCCUCUGCCAACACUAACGGUCCACGCUCUGGCAGUGGGCGUGGCCCGCUUCCUGUUGGGAGUCGCAGCUUUAAUUGGGACUCGACAGAUAGUGAAAGCGCUCAGUUUGCAGGUGUUAUAUUCAUGGUACAGGGUGCCAAAGGGUGACGAGAGCGCCAGGAGGAGGAGAGAAAUUGAAGUUCCUUAUAAGUUUGCUACAUACACAUCAGUAGGACUUGUAAAUACUAUAUUGGUCAAUAGAUUGUUCAUGCUGUUGGGGCUGCUAUGACCUCGUAACGCUAAGUUGCUAGGAUCUUAUCGUAUUUAUUUUGAAUGUAAUCAUGAAGUGUGUUUGUAUGAGUUUAAACACGACGAACGAGGCUUCUUCACAAAAUCCUCACCGAUGCUCACUGUGUUCUGACUGGAAACUGAAGUUUGUAAGUCGCUCACUCUCCUGCACCAAAGUCCAGAGAGAAGAUCAGCGUUUUUAGCUGCCUGUCCAACACAAUGAUCAUCAACUGUGUGCCGUGGUGUGUAAUCGCUGAUUACACGGUGAGCGGUUUACAAAGUUCACUUCCAGCAGCAAACACACUCUUAAGAUCAUAGAUGUAAGUAGAUGUCGGUUUGCUUUGGUCGUGUUUUGUUGCGCUGGUCAGUUCCCGUCGCUGCGUCCAUUUACAUCUCAACUCUGAAGUGACGUCAUGUAUCCUGGGCUAGCCAUCGUUAGCACAAACACGUCGCACAGAUAACAAUUCAACAGUACUUUGUGUACUUUGUUUACUGUGAAACAAAAACCACACCGGCGGUGAAAUAUGUGCGUUUGCUCUCAUGACCUCAGAAAUUCCGAUGAGAAAUGGAACGCAGCAUCUUCAGAAAUCCUGAAUUAUCAUGAACUAUCCUUUUAAUGUUUAGCAGGUUCUUUUUUUGUUGUUCUCACUGGGAAUGAUUCACAGGACUGACCUGUAACUGAGCCCAAAACAAAUAAAAGCCUUUCUAUGACUCA